CCCUUCCCACUUUUGCGCUACUGUUUUGCUAUCUUCUCCUCCUUUUUCAGCUCUCUAGAAAUUAAAGUGAAAGAAAAUUUGAAGGAUAGGGAAAGAUGAGCUGCAAUGGUUGUCGAGCUCUGCGGAAGGGGUGCAGCCAAUCGUGCAUACUGAGGCCGUGUUUGGAUUGGAUAGAGAGCCCUCAGGCCCAAAGCAACGCCACCCUCUUCGUGUCCAAGUUCUUCGGCCGGAGCGAUCUCAUGUCUUUCAUCGGCGCCGUACCCGAGAACGAUCGACCCGCUCUGUUUCAGUCUCUGUUAUUUGAAGCAUGCGGUCGAACAGUGAAUCCGGUGAACGGAGCCUUGGGUCUCCUCUCGACCGGCAACUGGCACCUAUGCCAGUUCGCGGUCAAGACGGUCCUCUCGGGAGGCGCUUUGCGGCCAAUCGGUGCCGGAAUUGUUACCCCGUCGCAGACAGAGGCUUUUCAUUCCUUUCAGAAAUGGUACGACAAUAGCACUAGCAAAGAAUCCGAUCUAGAGAAGAGUUCGGUGACCAUGUCGUUUGACUCGGAAGAAUCAAGGGUGUUCAUCAGCUUUGAUGGCUGCGAUUACGACGUGAAAGAUGUGUGUGGAGAAGAACCAAAGCUUCUAAACCUUUUUGUAUGAGCAAGUUAACCAACCGUGUCGUGCACAGCACCAUCCCGGGUUCGUUUUGGUGUUAGAACUUUCGGUGACUAGGAUAUUAAGUCUUUUUGUCAUACAGAGCGCUUUUUGUUGGAUGAAUGAAAUCAAACCUCUUUCGAUGACUUAAAA